AGGAGCACCUACUUCCGCUGCUUCACAUGCGACAAACAAUUUACAGCAAAUACACUAAAAAAUAAUGCGUUUACUGUGUUCAACAGACUAGUUUAACCGAGGUCUUUUUUUCUACGUAAGUAACUACAUACUUUACUGGCAAUAUGCUUCUUUUUUGUCCGACCUGUGGGAAUGUUUUAAUAGUCGAGGAAGGACAGAAGUGCAUGAGAUUCGCGUGCAACACCUGUCCCUACGUACACAACAUCACUAGGAAGGUAAACAACAGGAAGUAUCCUAAGCUAAAGGAGGUGGAUGAUGUUCUCGGUGGAGCUGCUGCGUGGGAAAACGUCGACUCGACUGCUGAAAAGUGUCCCAAGUGCGAGCAUCCUCGAGCAUAUUUCAUGCAGAUUCAGACCAGAUCAGCAGAUGAACCGAUGACAACUUUCUACAAAUGCUGCAAUGCCCAAUGUGGACAUCGAUGGAGAGAUUAACACCUUUGGACUUCUCGUUAGUAGAUUUUUUUUUGGGAUGAUUUCCAGUUUUUGCUUUGGGAGUAUAUACAGCUGAAGAACGUUGGAGUUUCCUUAAUGAUUUUUAUUGAUAAAAUAGUACCUGUAUACAACAGUCAAACAAAUUUUGACUUACAUAGUUAUACGUUUCACAGACAUUUAGAGCAAUGCAGACCAGCAGUAUCCACAACAAUGGCAUACAGUACUUCAUAUUAAAAUUUCAUUGCAAUCCUUCAGUUCAAAUUAGAUUUUCUUGCACAGCUCUUUUAACCUCAAGAGGAAAAGAAAAAAUCAAAUGCACAUAGAUUCUGGGAACUAGCCUGUGAGAAUUACUUGUUAUGGUGUGUGACUCAUGCAGACAAACUCUGCGCUUGGUGAGCGACGGAUCGGGCAUGCUGAAGUGGAAUAAUGUUGGUUCACUGUUAGUAAUAAAUUGAGUGGAAUCACAA